GUGACCAUUUGCCUAUUUCUUCAUUCUUCGGUCUUCAAUUUUGUACGACGACCUGCAUUUGAAUCAUCGGAAACUUUUAGCAACGAAUUAUUAUAGAUCUGCAACACCCUAUACACAGAAUUGGAAGUUUUAACAACGGUAAUGCAGAUGACUAAUUGUACUUCUUCUUAUGGGCAGAAUAAGCCACUCAUGUAAUAUGAGGUGCUCAAUGCAAAACACGGUUAAAGAAAUUGAGCUCGAGUGCCAAGGUCGGACUUAAGGAUCGGGGUUUGUAAGGAGGUUUAAGAUCAGAUUCGUAAUAUAAACCUACCUUUCUCACCAUCAUACAUCUUCAAGACACCUUUCAAUAUACCCAUCAUGAUUCGGCUACGGCAGUCUUCUGACACAAUGGCCACCUCUCACUCGGCCUUAUGGAGUCGAAUCACUUCAUUAACAAUAUGCAUAUAUGCAGUGCUAUUCGCGCUGACCUUUACAUCCGUUCAAGCCGAUCAGCAACUAAGUCAAGACACUGCAGCUCUUAUCACUUCAGAUCCAACAAAGAUCGUUGAUAUUGACUUCGAUCACAUCGUCGUUGGAGGUGGAUUAGCAGGAAUGGUGAUGGCAAGUCGACUAAGUGAAGAUCGCGAAAAGCGUGUGUUAGUGAUAGAAGCAGGAAACGACACGCGAACAGAUCCUCUCGUUCGUACUGUUCGAUUGGAUAAUGCAGCUUUGCAGGUUCAAUGGCAAUCCAGACCACAGAUCGGUGGUGCAACGAUCACACAUUCGUUUGGAAUUGGAUUAGGUGGUUCAACCUCGAUCAAUGGAGCAAAAGUUGAUGGUCCACCUUCUUCGCAAAUUGAUGCUUUUCGCGAAUUCGGAAAUCCAUCUUGGAAUUGGGAGGAAGUUUUGCAUUACAUGAAAAAGUCACAAAAUUAUCAUGAACCUCAUCCGAUCGCAGCCGCACAUGGCGCCACUUACGAACCAAGCGGUCAUGGUAUCCAUGGACCAGUGGAUAUAACCUUUUCACCUCAUAGCUACACAGGCUUGCCACAACAAAGCUUUGUAGAAUCUCUCAAUGAGACUUUGGGAGUGGACAAAAUCGUUGAUGCAGGCGCAGGAGAGGCAAUCGGAUAUUCAUUCUGCCCUCAUUUCAUCAAACAUGGUACUAAUGUCACUCGCGAGAGUAGUGCAACAGCCUAUCUCUCACCAAUCGAGUAUGAACGCUCGAAUUUGGUCAUCUUGACAGGCUGGAGAGGAAUUCAUGUGAACUGGCAAGAGGGCGAAGCACAGGGCGAGGACAAGGAAUAUAAGGAAUCACCCUCGUCAAAAUCUUGGACAUCAUCUUGGCAGAAGCCAUUCUCAUUUGGAGGAGUGGAAGCUGCUAGCACAAGGACAUCAUCCCAAAAUCAAGAGGAAGACCUAAGAGCAAAGGGUGUCACUGUUCAAGCUCGACCGGACGGACCGACGUUCGAUCUCCGCUUGCGUGAGGAUAACCAAGAUUCGCAAUUAACAGUUUCUGCAGGUGCAUUGGUCACACCAUUGCUGUUGGAGUUAUCCGGAGUGGGUGAUCCGGCUAUCCUCUCAAAGAUUGGAGUGAAGACAAAGAUCAAUUUGCCUGGUGUUGGUCGUAAUUUGGCAGACAAACCAACCAACAUCUUGGCUGCCACCACAAGAGGACUACAUCGCUUGGGCGUUACAGGUGACCCACUUCCCGCAGUGGCCAUGCUUUCGAUCGAUAAGAUCUUCCCAAACAAUGUGACGCAGAUUGAAAAGUACCUAAAGAACAAUAUGCACAAAUGGGCUCGCCACAUCGUACGUGAAGGAGGAGCAGUGAACGUGCAAGGUAUCUUACGUCAAUACGAAGUCAUGUUACGAGGCAUCUUCCGACAACAAUGGCCCGUAGCAGAAUGGGAAUACUUUUCACGUAAUCUGAUUGCGAUCAAAUCGUUUGUUCUGCAACCUUUUAGUCGAGGUUUCAUCCAUUCCUUAACAAAGAACAGUGUUUGGAAUUUGGAAGGAAAAGAUGUUGAUUUGCAUGCCCGUGUUUGGACGCAAUCUUUUGAUAUGGAUUUGCAAGUUGCUUCAAUGGAUGCUGCUCGUACGAUGCUUAACCGACCAAAGAUGCGUGCUUUAUGGGAAGAAGAAAUCAAACCUGGCCUAUUAAACUUUACACCGCAAUCUUACGACUUUGACAAUUCCACCACUCCAGCUUCGGUAUCUCAAAUGAAUUCAAACAAUUCGCCUCUCUCUGACAAAGAGAGAAGGAGCGAUUAUCACGUUUGGAGAGAAUACAUUCUUAAAACGUAUGAUUUGAUUUGUCACAACUUCGGAACGGCAGCCAUGAUGAAACGUGAAUGGGGAGGAGUUGUGGAUGAAGAAUUCAAGGUGUACGGAACAAAGAAUUUGCGUGUUGUUGAUGCAAGUAUUUUCCCUAUGCAAUUAAGCGCUCAUCCUUCUUUGGCUAUUUUUGGAGUAGCAGAAAAGGCUGCUGAUAUAGUUAGACGGAUUAGUGGAUCUGUUUGAGUUUGAUGCUUAUAUGUUUCAAAUGCAAUUGUACUUUUAUAUAUUUUCACCCCACACACACAUUUAUAGAUAGAAUUCAAUCUUUUUCAUAGACUUUCCAAUGCAUUAUUCCCAUGACUGUUGCAAACAAAGGGAUCAACGGAAAGACAUGAUUCCCUUUGUUCUCUGGUUUAAUUUACCUUUUAGCGUCA